UUCUGAGAUUGCCAUCAUUGAAUAGCCUGCUAGCAAAAUGAAUAGGGACACACACUCAUCUCAGUGCACAUUAAUUCUCUUCUAUUCCUUUGUCUCUCUUGUGUUUAUUAUGUAAUUCCCUUCAAAUCUCUCUCUUCCUAACUAAACAGACCAUGCGUGCAAAUAUACGUUCUACAAAGUUUAUAACUAGCCUUGAGAAAAAACUAAAUUAAACCUAGUCAUUCAACAACCUUUUUUUUUUUCUUUCCCUUAAUUGAAUCAUAUUCUAGAUUUGGCCAUGGAUUCUACGAAUCUUUAUAAUCAUCAUCAACUUCAACAGCUUGCUGGAUAUCCCUUUUUCAGUACUGGAGUUUCAACUAUACAUGAUUGGAACUCAAGCAUCACCUCGGAAGAAGAAUAUUACUACAAGCUGGGACACAUGAAAAGGAUCCAGUCAGAAGAGCUCAUGUGGAAAAGAGGCAUCGAUACAUUUCCAUUAAUGAACACCUCAAUGUUUCACAACGACGGACAUCAUGAAUCAUCCAACGAUCAGCUGGAUGAUAAAAAUAACAAGGCCAGCGGCUACAUAAUAUCCAAUGAUUAUUUCCUCAAAAUGAAUGGUUUGAUCAGUAACAACAUGUUCAAAGAAAGUUACUUUGAAAACGAACAACAUCAUGCUUUUGAUCUGAACGAGAAUCUUCUGUCCGAAGAUUCGUUCAUGAACAAUGCUAAUAAAACUAGCAUUGCUUUUUCCGGUUUAGCUGCUGCUGCUGGUGCAAAUAUGGAAAAUUCAGAUUUCCAGGGGUUGAAGUUAUCAUUUAAUGGACUAACUUUCAAGAACAAUAUGAGUGGCCAUGAUAGUAAUACUAAUUGCUUCUCUACAGACAGUUUUCUACAAGAAUUAACCCAUACUCCAUCAUCCAACAAAAUCACAUCAAAUGUUAGGAAGAACAAUAUUGGAGUCUCUUCAAAAGCAAAGAGAUGUAAUUAUUCUGCUGAAGAUGAAGCUACUCCAUGUCAAGAAGCAUCAAAGAAGCCUCGAGUUACAUCGCAAUCUCCAAGCACAUUAAUGCUUAAGGUUAGAAAGGAAAAACUAGGAGACAGGAUUUCAGCUCUACACAGAUUAGUGGCACCUUUCGGCAAGACUGAUACUGCAUCAGUAUUAACAGAAGCCAUUGGCUAUAUUCAGUUCCUUCAGGACCAAAUACUUACAUUGAGCAUGCCUUAUACGAAAUCAACUGAAAGGAAGCUCCAUCACAUAAAUCUAAAGGAUUCGAGCAUACAGGCAGUGGUAGAUCUAAAGAGUAGAGGAUUAUGUCUUGUGCCAACAUCUUUUUCUUCUUACAUCUCUCCGUCCUGUGAUUGAGAAACGUUGGACAACUACUCCAUUAAUUAUAACUUUCGUGGAAGCAUAUGGUGGGUAGGAUAAAUUGUACAGUUACUGUGACUUUUCAUGCCCAAAUUAAGGUCAUGCAGAUAAUGUUUAUCGUGACAAACUAUAUCUAUUAAUAAUCGCUUAGAGAUUAAUAGCGUUUUCCCUAUACUGAGCGUUGUCCAUUGUGCUCUUUAUGUAAAUUAAAAUUUGGAGGAGGUACUUAUCACUCCGCUCUAUUUUGUACUCUCUUCAUCGGCCUGUUCCAAUUUAUGUAGCACACUUUCUAUUUUAUU